UGGGUGGGCAGCGCCAACAGAUGAACACGUUUUGGAGCCGGUGACGUCUGCUCCGGCAUCGCCGAGGGAGGAAAACAAGCGGCAGAACGCGAGUCCGGCUCCGUGGAGCAGAACAAGCUCCCGGCCGGCCUCGGGCAUCGUGCCCACCAUGCCCCCCCCGGGCCGGCCGGUGGGGCCGCAGGGGGCCGGGGGGCUCCGCUGAGCCCAGGCCAUGGGGCCGCGGUGGUGGCUGCUUCUCCGGUGCUUCUACGUGGUGCUGGUCCACGGCACCGUCCUCGCUGGGGGCCGGCGCCCACCGGAGAGACCCCCCCGGCUGGCAGGAUGGUCCCCAGCCCCGUUGUCCUCCUGGGUUCCCACUCCAGAGCCGGGAGCGUCAGGGGACGCCGAGGACUCGGCAGCGGCGCUGGCUUUCCUGCAGACGGGCGACGCGCAGAUCCUGACCCGGGCCAACUGCAGCCAGGGCGUCGCGGCGGGGGCACCCGACCCCGUCCCCCCCCCGGCGCUGCGUGCCACCCUGCGUGCCGUCCCCGAGGCGCUGGCCCACGCCGCCAACUUCCUCAACAUGCUCUUCCAGACCAACGACAUCCGCGAGGCCAGCGUGGCCGAGGACGUGGAGUGGUACCAGGCGCUGGUCCGCAGCUUGGUGGAGGGGCACCCAUGGGUGCGCCGGGCGGUGCUCGCCCUCGACGCCCACCCGCUGGCCGCCAAACCCCGGCUGAUGCUGCAGGCCACCAAAGGGGACGGCGAGAUCCUGCUGCAGGACGUCUCCGCCGCCGCCCCCGGCCUCGGCAACCUCAGCUGGGACAACGAGUGGUUCAACGCCCUCAAGUCCCAGCGGAGCCCCCUCCUCCGCAAACGCGUGCUCAGCAACGACCUGCGCAGCAUGGACACCCCGAAGUGGCAGCGGGGUGACAGCUACGUGGGGGACCCGGCCCACGUGCGGUGGUCCCCGCCGUUCCUCGAGUGCCGGGACGGCAGAUUCCUGCCCGCCUGGGCAGUCACGCUCUCCUCCGCUUUCUACGGGCUCAAGCCAGACCUCAGCCCUGAGUUCAAGGGUGUCGUGCGGGUGGACAUCGAGCUGCGGGACGUGGCCAUCGACCAGUGCGCCAGCGGGCCGGGCUGGUUUGCAGACACCCACCGCUGUGACCUCAACAGCACCCAGUGUGUCCCCCAGGAAAACCACGGCUUCGUCCUCGGGAGGUACCUGUGCCAGUGCAAACCGGGCUUUUACGGGGCCAGCGGAGCGGCCAGCAGUGCCCGGGCAGGCGCGGCGGGGGCGGACGGGGGGUCCCGGCUGGCAUGCCGGCCCUGUCACCAGGGGUGUGUCACCUGCGAGGACGAUGCGCCCUGCCUGAUCCAGGAGGACCGGGCGCUGCGGGCGGCCGUCCUCUCCUGCCAGGCCUGCUGCAUGCUGGCUGUCUUCCUCAGCAUGCUCGUCUCCUACCACUUCCGACGGAGCAAGAGGAUCCGGGCGUCAGGAGUCAUCCUCCUGGAGACGAUCCUCUUCGGGUCCCUCCUCCUCUACUUCCCCGUGUUCAUUCUGUACUUCAAGCCGAGCGUCUUCCGCUGCAUCGUCCUGCGCUGGGUGCGGAUGCUCGGCUUCGCCAUCGUCUACGGCACCAUCACCCUCAAGCUGUACAGGGUGCUGAAGCUGUUCCUGUCCCACACGGCGCAGCGGGUGCCCUACGUGUCGAGCGGGCGGGUGCUGAAGAUGCUGGGGCUGAUCCUGCUCCUGGUGCUGUGGUUCCUGGCGGCCUGGACCAUCGGGAUGCUGGAGAACAUCGACAAGAACAUCCCGCUGGUGAUCCGCACCCAGACCGCCCGCGGGCUCCAUUUCUACAUCUGUGGCCACGACCGCUGGGACUACAUGAUGGUGAUCGCCGAAAUCCUGUUCCUGCUGUGGGGCAGCUUCCUGUGCUACGCCACGCGCGCCGUGCCCUCCGCCUUCCACGAGCCCCGCUACAUGGGCAUCGCGCUCCACAACGAGCUCAUGAUCUCGGCCGCCUUCCACGUGGUCAGGUUCGUCAUGGUCCCCUCGCUGCACCCCGACUGGACCCUGCUGCUCUUCUUCGCUCACACCCACGGCACCAUCACCAUGACCCUGGCGCUGCUCUUCAUCCCAAAGUUCCUGCACGCCGGCUCGCCGCUGCGGGAGGAGAUCGCGGCCGAGGUCUAUGAGGACGAGCUGGACACACGGCGCUCGGGCUCCCGCCUGAACAGCAGCAUCGCGUCCGCCUGGAGCGAGCACAGUCUCGACCCCGAUGACAUUCGGGAGGAGCUGAAGAAGCUUUACGCGCAGCUCGAGGCGCACAAGACGCGGAGGAUGGCAGCCAACAACCCCCACCUCCCCAAGAAGCGCGGCUCCCGCCGCAGCCUGGGCCGCUCCAUCGCCCGCCGCGUCGCCGAGCUGCCCGAGGCCGUGGCGCGCCGCAGCAGCGGCGGGGAGCGGGUGGGCACCCCGGCCCACCGCGGCUCCCGCGCCAAGCGGCUCCCCAGCGCCGGCUGCACCAGCCUGCGGAUGCGGGAUGACGCUUCCUGGCGCCGCACCGCAGCCCUGCGCAAGUCCCGCAGCGCCGAGGGACCCGCCCGGGAGCUCCCGGGAGGUUCGCCCACCCCCGGGACCCCCCGGGAGCCUGGGCCGAGGAGGAAGAUGAUGGCGGCGAUGGCCUCGGAGCCAUCUGACGGCAAGUCCCUCGACACCGCCCCGCUCAUCUGCAAGUCGGCCAGUGCCCACAACCUGGCGAGGCACAGGCAGCCCCCCCCGCCCCGCGCACCCCCCUUGCAGAAGUCGCUCACCGUCGUUGCCGGUGCACGGGAAGAGACCCUGCUCGCCACCAGCCGAGCCAAGCGGGAGGUGUGGCACGCCAACCGGCACCCAUCCGCCCUGGCUUUGGGGCACCCCACGGGCCAGGGCCCCCCCAGGGCUGCCAGAAAGCCCCAAAGCCUGGAUGCAGCUGACGCCCUUCCACCAGCCAGCUCCAGCCCCGCCAAGGGGUGCUUCCCGGACAACACGUCCCCCCUGGGCACUGGCAAGGUGCAGAAACGCGUCACCUACGCCCCCAUCAAGAGCAUCAGCACCGACAACUCCCACCUCCCGGGGCGGGUGCGGGUGGCGGUGAGGAGAACCCCACCACCCCCCCCCAUCCGCUACCAGAGCCUGGGCCAGCGUGCCACACUGGCCAGGGACAGCCUGGAGCCGGUGGAGCCCCCCACGGGCCCCCCAGCACGGGCAGAAGAGCCAGAAAGAGCGGCGGAGGGGCCUGCAGAGAAAGAUUCGGGGCGCACGUUCCCCCCGGCGAGGAAGGGCAGGCUGCUGGCCGCAGCGUCCAUCCCGGCGCAGGUCUGCCCCUGGGAGCUGAUCCAGGAGGAGAUUCUGAGCCGGAGGCAGAAAGCUGCCGAAGCAGCAGAUUCGGGGACCCCUGGUGAGGCAUCAGACACCCCCCCCAACCUGCCCUCCCAGAAGAGCCCCCACCGGAGCACGGGACUCGCCGUCAAAGCCUUCAACCACUGCAGGGGGAAAGGCAUCCUGAAGGCAAAGAGGGAAAGCGAGGGGAGCGUCGGGAAGAGGGGGCAUGAGCAGGAGGGGGGCAGCAGGACGGAGAGGCCCCGCUUGGCAGAGAUGUUGGCCAUGUCCCUCGGGGGGAUCGGCCAAGUCCCCAUCACCAAAAUCCCUGAGUGGAGCAGGGAGAAGCCCGGCAGCAAGCCCCCCGCCUGGCCGUGGCAGGGGGAUGCGGUCCCCUGCCAGCACAACGUCGGCACGGCCGGGGAAGCCACGGGCUGGGGGGACAACAGGGCAGGACAGUGGCACAGCCCGGCCCUGGGGGCAGAGGAGCCCGGAGCUCUCAGGGGGGACACAGAUGCUGGUGGGGUCCCAGGGCCACCUGUGGGAGUGUACAAGAUCCCACCCAGUGCUGGCCACCAAGAAGGAGCUGAAACCCCAGCGGUGGCCAGCGGUGGGAAAGCACCGGCACGACCCUGGGAAGGGGCUGAGGCUCCCGCGGCGCAGCCGGGGAAGGAUGCUCCCGUGGCCAUGGCUGGGCUGAUCACACCGGAGGAAGGGGCGGCCAAGCUGGCUGAGGGACUCGAGGGCACCAGCAGAUCCGUCUGCCCCCGGGACCAUGCGGAGGUGCAGCAGCCGCGUGUAAAACCCGUCGCUGGCAGCUCCCACCCGUCCACCGCCGGUGUGCAGAGAGCGGCUGCCGGGAAGCCGGGGGCUGUUUGUCCCCGGGGAGCCCCGGGUGUCCCAGCGGGAAGAGGAGCUUUGCUGCGCCAGGUGGCAGUUGCAUCCCAGGAGGACAGCAGGGUCCCACCGGGCGAGGAGAACCUGGCCAAAGCACUGGAGAAGGGGGGGCGGCCAGCCCGAGCCCCUCGGUUCUGGGGGGGGCUGGGGCACCGAGAGGGUCCCUCCAAUGAGCCCGAGCGCAGAAGUGGCCCUGGCUGCAGUGGGAAAAGCUGGCAGGGCGGUGGGCAGGCAGGCAGAGGUCUGUCCCGGGGAAACCCAAGCAGAUUCCAGCGUUAAAAAGAAAUUUGCCCCUGGGAGGAGAGUGGGGGUGAGUGCUGGGGGCCGGGCAGAGCCCCAGGAAAGGGUGGCAGCGAGGGGGAUCCCUGCCACGCCGGGGAUGAGCUGGGCAUGGAGAAACCGCUAGCAAAAACUCCAGAGCUGAAAGGGGCUCUGGAAAAAGAGGGUGGCGUGGAAGACAGGAGGGCUGAGGUUUGUCCAUGUGAGACCGGGGAAGGGGGAAGGACUGUCGGAGCAGAAAUCUGCCCCUGGGAUGCAGAGGGGGCUUGGUCGGAGCAAGAGAGAGGGGAAGGGGAGAGAAGGCAGCUGGCUAAGGGGGACAAGAGCAUCAGACCAGAUUUACUGGGUUUGCUGAGAGCGCAGGAGACUGGGAGCAGCCUGGAAGAACCCAGCCAGCCCGCGGGCAGUGCCAGCAGGGAGGAACUGACACCGAAACCUGCUCCCGAAAGCUCCGAGCUGCCAGAAGUGACCUCGAGGAUCCUGAUGAGCCCCCGGGCUUUGGUUUGUCCCUGGGAAGCAAGGGGAACUGAGAGCAAUGCAGAAGUUUGCCCUUGGGAAAGGGGAACAGCUUUAUCUGAUGCAGGAAAACCAGAUGAUGGUAAAAUUUCGCAAGUGAAGAAAGGGAUUUCCCCCCAGAGAGUGGCCCGGGAGGGCACGGGGGAGAUGGCUCGAACUGUGGGCAAGGGGAACAGACAGUGGGGAUCCCCCUGCCCUGGAGAACGUGCAGAGCAGCCCAGCAUGGGACUUGCAGCAAAAAGCCCAUCUCUGCCCACAACACCAGCCAGGCAAGAAAGAACCAUCGAUAGCGAAAAGGCUGACAUUUCUCCGUGGGAAGUGGAAGAGGAGUCACUUGCCAAAACAGAAAUCUGCCCCUGGGAAGAGCCUGCAGCUCCGUUGGGGAAGGGGAGACUGAAUCAGGACACACGUGGGACUUCUGAAGGGGAAAACAAACCAGGAUCCAGAGGACUUCAAGACAUUAAAGAAAAGCUGGCAGAGGUGGGUGGCUGCCAAGCAGAGCACAGGGACACCAGGAUCUUUACAGAGCACAUUAAGAAAAGUCUGGAGAGCUCAAAAGCCGAGUUCAAGAAACCCGAGACUAUGGAGAGCAUAAAGGAGGAGGUCUGUCCCUGGGAGAGCCUGGGCAUAGAGCAACUCCCAGCAAAACCCGGUGCUGAGAUCCCAGCACUGCCCAAAUCACCUUCAAAGAAAUCCCAGAGCGCAGAGAGCCUGAAGGCAGAGGUCUGUCCUCAGGAGCUCAAAUCCACUGAUAAAGCAGAAAUCUGCCCCUGGGAGGCGGCUGCUUCACCAUCAGGUAAAGAGAAAUCAAGACAGGACAGAGAUGCUCUGCCCAUAGCGAGCAAAAGCCCUUCUACAGGUCAAGGUCGCCACAGAAAGAUUGGAGAGAGCAUGUCUGGAAAGAAGGAGAAAGCAAGCAGUGACCGUGAGUUUGUCUGCCCCUGGGAGAGCCUGGGCACGGAGGGCUCCUCCACAGGGUACAGCACGAGGAGCAUAGAGCUGCUGAAAGCCACCACGAAGAAAUGGGAGAGCAUGGGAAGAGCGAAGGGCAACGUCCGUCCCUGGGAGAGCCUGAACAUAGAGCAGCCCCCAGCAAAACCCCGUGCUGGGAGCCCAGUGCUGCCCAAAUCACCUUCGAAGAAAUACAAAAGUGCAGAAAGCCCAAAGGCAGAAGUCUGUCCUUGGGAGGCUCAGGAGGUUGAAGCCGAUGGCAAAGCCAAAAUCUGCUCCAGGGAGGCGGCUGCAAGUCCCUCCGAUCAGCAAAAGGCCAAGCAGGGUCCUGGGGUCGGCUCUAAGGGGGACAAGCGCAUCACGCGCCAGGCAGCGUUAGCCAGCCCGGAGAGAUCCCUGGAGAAGGACAGCAGCGAGCGAGAGGCCGUUUGUCCCUGGGAGAGUCUGGGGACGGAGCAGCCCCCAGCAAAACCCCGUGCUGGGAGCCCAACGCUGCCCAAAUCACCUUCAAAGAAAUCCCAGAGCGCAGAGAGCCUGAAGGCAGAGGUCUGUCCUCAGGAACUCAAAUCCACUGAUAAAGCUGAAAUCUGCCCCUGGGAGGCGGCUGCUUCCCCAUCAACUAAAGAGAAAUCAAGACAGGACAGAGAUGCUCUGCCCAUAGCGAGCAAAAGCCCUUCUACAGGUCAAGGUCUCCACAGAAAGAUUGGAGACAGCAUGUCUGGAAAGAAGGAGAAAGCAAGCAGUGACCGUGAGUUUGUCUGCCCCUGGGAGAGCCUGGGCACGGAGGGCUCCUCCACGGGGUACAGCACGAAGAGCAUAGAGCUGCUGAAAGCCACCACGAAGAAAUGGGAGAGCAUGGGAAGAGCGAAGGGCAACGUCCGUCCCUGGGAGAGCCUGAAUAUAGAGCAGCCCCCAGCAAAACCCCGUGCUGGGAGCCCAGUGCUGCCCAAAUCACCUUCAAAGAAAUCCCAGAGAGCAGAGAGCCUGAAGGCAGAGGUCUGUCCUCAGGAACUCAAAUCCACUGAUAAAGCAGAAAUCUGCCCCUGGGAGGCGGCUGCUUCCCCAGCAACUACAGAGAAAUCAAGACAGGACAGAGAUGCUCUGCCCGUAGAGAGUGAACACCCUUCUGCAGAUCAAGGUCUCUGCAAAGGAUUUGGAGACAGCACAUCCGGAAAGCAGGACAAAGCAAGCAGUGACCAUGAGUCCAUCUGCCCCUGGGAGAGCCUGGGCACAGAGCAGCCCCCAGCAAAACCCCGUUCGGAGAGCCCAACGCUGCCCAAAUCACCUUCGAAGAAAUCCCAGAGCGCAGAGAGCCUGAAGGCAGAGGUCUGUCCUUGGGAGCUCAAAUCCACUGAUAAAGCAGAAAUCUGCCCCUGGGAGGCAGCUCCUUCCCCAUCAACUACAGAGAAAUCAAGACAGGACAGAGAUGCUCUGCCCAUAGCGAGUGAGCACCCUUCUGCAGAUCAAGGUCUCCACAAAAAGACUGGAGACAGCAUGUCUGAAAAGAAGGAGCAAGCAAGCAGUGACCGUGAGUCCAUCUGCCCCUGGGAGGGCACAGGCACGGGCACGGAGGGCUCCUUCACGGGGUACAGCACGAGGAGCAUAGAGCUGCUGAAAGCCACCGCCAAGAAAUGGCAGCUCAUCAGGAGAGCAAAAGUGAAUGUCUGUCCCCUGGAGAGCCUGGGCACAGAGCAGCCCCCAGCAAAACCCCGUGCGGAGAGCCCAACGCUGCCCAAAUCGCCUUCGAAGAAAUCCCAGAGCGCAGAGAGCCUGAAGGCAGAGGUCUGUCCUCAGGAGCUCAAGUCCACUGAUAAAGCUGAAAUCUGCCCCUGGGAGGCAGCUGCUUCACCAUCAGCUAAAGAGAAAUCAAGACAGGACAAAGAUGCUCUGCCCAUAGAGAGUGAACACCCUUCUGCAGAUCAAGGUCUCUGCAAAGGAUUUGGAGACAGCACAUCCGGAAAGCAGGACAAAGCAAGGAGUGACCCUGAGUCCAUCUGCCCCUGGGAGAGCCUGGGGAUGGAGCAGCCCCCAGCAAAACCCCGUUCGGAGAGCCCAACGCUGCCCAAAUCACCUUCAAAGAAAUCCCAGAGCGCAGAGAGCCUGAAGGCAGAGGUCUGUCCUUGGGAGCUCAAAUCCACUGAUAAAGCAGAAAUCUGCCCCUGGGAGGCAGCUGCUUCCCCAUCAACUACAGAGAAAUCAAGACAGGACAGAGAUGCUCUGCCCAUAGCGAGUGAGCACCCUUCUGCAGAUCAAGGUCUCCACAAAAAGACUGGAGACAGCAUGUCUGAAAAGAAGGAGCAAGCAAGCAGUGACCGUGAGUCCAUCUGCCCCUGGGAGGGCACAGGCACGGGCACGGAGGGCUCCUUCACGGGGUACAGCACGAGGAGCAUAGAGCUGCUGAAAGCCACCGCCAAGAAAUGGCAGCUCAUCAGGAGAGCAAAAGUGAAUGUCCGUCCCUGGGAGAGCCUGGGCACAGAGCAGCCCCCAGCAAAACCCCGUGCGGAGAGCCCAACGCUGCCCAAAUCACCUUCAAAGAAAUCCCAGAGUGCAGAGAGCCUGAAGGCAGAGGUCUGUCCUCAGGAACUCAAAUCCACUGAUAAAGCUGAAAUCUGCCCCUGGGAGGCGGCUGCUUCACCAUCAGGUAAAGAGAAAUCAAGACAGGACAGAGAUGCUCUGCCCGUAGAGAGUGAACACCCUUCUGCAGAUCAAGGUCUCUGCAAAGGAUUUGGAGACAGCACAUCCGGAAAGCAGGACAAAGCAAGCAGUGACCGUGAGUCCAUCUGCCCCUGGGAGAGCCUGGGCACAGAGCAGCCCCCAGCAAAACCCCGUUCGGAGAGCCCAACGCUGCCCAAAUCACCUUCAAAGAAAUCCCAGAGCGCAGAGAGCCUGAAGGCAGAGGUCUGUCCUUGGGAGCUCAAAUCCACUGAUAAAGCAGAAAUCUGCCCCUGGGAGGCAGCUGCUUCCCCAUCAACUACAGAGAAAUCAAGACAGGACAGAGAUGCUCUGCCCAUAGCGAGUGAGCACCCUUCUGCAGAUCAAGGUCUCCACAAAAAGACUGGAGACAGCAUGUCUGAAAAGAAGGAGCAAGCAAGCAGUGACCGUGAGUCCAUCUGCCCCUGGGAGGGCACAGGCACGGGCACGGAGGGCUCCUUCACGGGGUACAGCACGAGGAGCAUAGAGCUGCUGAAAGCCACCGCCAAGAAAUGGCAGCUCAUCAGGAGAGCAAAAGUGAAUGUCCGUCCCUGGGAGAGCCUGGGCACAGAGCAGCCCCCAGCAAAACCCCGUGCGGAGAGCCCAACGCUGCCCAAAUCACCUUCGAAGAAAUCCCAGAGCGCAGAGAGCCUGAAGGCAGAGGUCUGUCCUCAGGAACUCAAAUCCACUGAUAAAGCUGAAAUCUGCCCCUGGGAGGCGGCUGCUUCACCAUCAGGUAAAGAGAAAUCAAGACAGGACAGAGAUGCUCUGCCCGUAGAGAGUGAACACCCUUCUGCAGAUCAAGGUCUCAGCAAGGGAUUUGGAGACAGCACAUCCGGAAAGCAGGACAAAGCAAGCAGUGACCGUGAGUCCAUCUGCCCCUGGGAGAGCCUGGGGAUGGAGCAGCCCCCAGAAAAACCCCGUGCUGGGAGCCCAACGCUGCCCAAAUCACCUUCAAAGAAAUCCCAGAGCGCAGAGAGCCUGAAGGCAGAGGUCUGUCCUUGGGAGGCUCAGGAGGUUGAAGCCGAUGGCAAAGCCAAAAUCUGCUCCAGGGAGGCGGCUGCAAGUCCCUCCGAUCAGCAAAAGGCCAAGCAGGGUCCUGGGGUUGGCUCUAAGGGGGACAAGCGCAUCACGCGCCAGGCAGCGUUAGCCAGCCCGGAGAGAUCCCUGGAGAAGGACAGCUGCGAGCGAGAGGCCGUUUGUCCCUGGGAGAGCCUGGGCACGGAGCAGCCCCCAGCAAAACCCCGUGCUGGGAGCCCAGUGCUGCCCAAAUCACCUUCAAAGAAAUCCCAGAGUGCAGAGAGCCUGAAGGCAGAGGUCUGUCCUCAGGAACUCAAAUCCACUGAUAAAGCUGAAAUCUGCCCCUGGGAGGCGGCUGCUUCACCAUCAGGUAAAGAGAAAUCAAGACAGGACAGAGAUGCUCUGCCCGUAGAGAGUGAACACCCUUCUGCAGAUCAAGGUCUCAGCAAGGGAUUUGGAGACAGCACAUCCGGAAAGCAGGACAAGGCAAGCAGUGACCGUGAGUCCAUCUGCCCCUGGGAGAGCCUGGGGAUGGAGCAGCCCCCAGAAAAACCCCGUGCUGGGAGCCCAACGCUGCCCAAAUCACCUUCGAAGAAAUCCCAGAGCGCAGAGAGCCUGAAGGCAGAGGUCUGUCCUUGGGAGCUCAAAUCCACUGAUAAAGCAGAAAUCUGCCCCUGGGAGGCAGCUGCUUCCCCAUCAACUACAGAGAAAUCAAGACAGGACAGAGAUGCUCUGCCCAUAGCGAGUGAACACCCUUCUGCAGAUCAAGGUCUCCACAAAAAGACUGGAGACAGCAUGUCUGAAAAGAAGGAGCAAGCAAGCAGUGACCGUGAGUCCAUCUGCCCCUGGGAGGGCACAGGCACAGGCACGGAGGGCUCCUUCACGGGGUACAGCACGAGGAGCAUAGAGCUGCUGAAAGCCACCGCCAAGAAAUGGCAGCUCAUCAGGAGAGCAAAAGUGAAUGUCCGUCCCCUGGAGAGCCUGGGCGCGGAGCAGCCCCCAGCAAAACCCCGUGCGGAGAGCCCAACGCUGCCCAAAUCACCUUCGAAGAAAUCCCAGAGCACAGAGAGCCUGAAGGCAGAGGUCUGUCCUCAGGAGCUCAAAUCCACUGAUAAAGCUGAAAUCUGCCCCUGGGAGGCGGCUGCUUCCCCAGCAACUAGAGAGAAAUCAAGACAGGACAAAGAUGCUCUGCCCAUAGCGAGCGAAAGCCCUUCUACAGAUCAAGGUCUCAGCAAGGGAUUUGGAGACAGCACAUCCGGAAAUCAGGACAAAGCAAGCAGUGACCGUGAGUCCAUCUGCCCCUGGGAGAGCCUGGGGAUGGAGCAGCCCCCAGAAAAACCCCGUGCUGGGAGCCCAACGCUGCCCAAAUCACCUUCGAAGAAAUCCCAGAGCGCAGAGAGCCUGAAGGCAGAGGUCUGUCCUUGGGAGCUCAAAUCCACUGAUAAAGCAGAAAUCUGCCCCUGGGAGGCAGCUGAUUCCCCAUUAACUACAGAGAAAUCAAGACAGGACAGAGAUGCUCUGCCCAUAGCGAGUGAACACCCUUCUGCAGAUCAAGGUCUCCACAAAAAGACUGGAGACAGCAUGUCUGAGAAGAAGGAGCAAGCAAGCAGUGACCGUGAGUCCAUCUGCCCCUGGGAGGGCACAGGCACGGGCACGGAGGGCUCCUUCACGGGGUACAGCACGAGGAGCAUAGAGCUGCUGAAAGCCACCGCCAAGAAAUGGCAGCUCAUCAGGAGAGCAAAAGUGAAUGUCCGUCCCUGGGAGAGCCUGGGCACAGAGCAGCCCCCAGCAAAACCCCGUGCGGAGAGCCCAACGCUGCCCAAAUCACCUUCGAAGAAAUCCCAGAGAGCAGAGAGCCUGAAGGCUGAGGUCUGUCCUCUGGAGCUCAAAUCCACUGAUAAAGCUGAAAUCUGCCCCUGGGAGGCGGCUGCUUCACCAUCAGGUAAAGAGAAAUCAAGACAGGACAAAGAUGCUCUGCCCGUAGAGAGUGAACACCCUUCUGCAGAUCAAGGUCUCAGCAAGGGAUUUGGAGACAGCAUGUCCGGAAAGCAGGACAAAGCAAGGAGUGACCGUGAGUCCAUCUGCCCCUGGGAGAGCCUGGGGAUGGAGCAGCCCCCAGCAAAACCCCGUGCUGGGAGCCCAGUGCUGCCCAAAUCACCUUCAAAGAAAUCCCAGAGCGCAGAGAGCCUGAAGGCAGAGGUCUGUCCUCAGGAACUCAAAUCCACUGAUAAAGCUGAAAUCUGCCCCUGGGAGGCGGCUGCUUCACCAUCAGGUAAAGAGAAAUCAAGACAGGACAGAGAUGCUCUGCCCGUAGAGAGUGAACACCCUUCUGCAGAUCAAGGUCUCUGCAAAGGAUUUGGAGACAGCACAUCCGGAAAGCAGGACAAAGCAAGCAGUGACCGUGAGUCCAUCUGCCCCUGGGAGAACCUGGGGAUGGAGCAACCCCCAGAAAAACCCCGUUCGGAGAGCCCAACACUGCCCAAAUCACCUUCGAAGAAAUCCCAGAGCGCAGAGAGCCUGAAGGCAGAGGUCUGUCCUUGGGAGCUCAAAUCCACUGAUAAAGCAGAAAUCUGCCCCUGGGAGGCAGCUGCUUCCCCAUCAACUACAGAGAAAUCAAGACAGGACAGAGAUGCUCUGCCCAUAGCGAGUGAACACCCUUCUGCAGAUCAAGGUCUCCACAAAAAGACUGGAGACAGCAUGUCUGAAAAGAAGGAGCAAGCAAGCAGUGACCGUGAGUCCAUCUGCCCCUGGGAGGGCACAGGCACGGGCACGGAGGGCUCCUUCACGGGGUACAGCACGAGGAGCAUAGAGCUGCUGAAAGCCACCGCCAAGAAAUGGCAGCUCAUCAGGAGAGCAAAAGUGAAUGUCCGUCCCUGGGAGAGCCUGGGCGCGGAGCAGCCCCCAGCAAAACCCCGUGCGGAGAGCCCAACGCUGCCCAAAUCACCUUCGAAGAAAUCCCAGAGCACAGAGAGCCUGAAGGCAGAGGUCUGUCCUUGGGAGUCUCAGGAGGUUGAAGCCGAUGGCAAAGCCAAAAUCUGCUCCAGGGAGGUGGCUGCACCUCUGCUGCAGAAAGGAGCGGCCCCGGGUAAGGCAAGCAUCCCACCAGAAAAAGCAGGUGCCUCCAAACCACCAGAGAAGGGGAGCAGCGAGUGCGAGGCCAUCUGCCCCUGGGAGAGCCAGGGCAUGGAGGAGCGCUCCCUGAAAAGUGCAACGGGGAAGGAGCCAUCCAAGAAGUCUGAUGGCACGGAGAGCAGGAAAUCUGAUAUUUGUCCCUGGGAAGCAGCAGACCCCACCAGCUUGGAGAAGGAAACCUUCAAACCAGGCAUGCACCCGCAGGAUGCUGACAGAGCAUCCCCCACCGGGACAGGGAAGUCAAAACCGGUGGCAGGAGCCAGCUCUGUGUCUGCAACAGCUCUGCUGAAAAAACCCAAGAGCGGAUCUGACUGCAAGGCUGAGCACAAGCCCCUGUGCCGCAUCCUGCCGGGCAUCGAGCCCCCACGGGGCCCCGGAGCAGAACUGCUUUCUCAGGGAGCAAGCACGGCUCCCACGGAGGGCAGCAGCCCCAGCACAAGCGCUACUGCAGCUGAGGUUUGUCCCCGGGAAGCAGAAGAGACUCUGGCAGCAUCCGACAAGCCCAGCCCAGACAUGAGGAAAACCUCCGAAGUGUGUCCGUGGGAGGUGGAGAGCGUGGAUCCCAGUCCAGCCCUCCACGGGGAGGGCAAAGCCGUGGUGAGCCCCCAGGAUGGAGACAGGGGCGUGAGGGAAACCGAACCCGAUGUCUGCCCGUGGGAACACGAGUAG